AGCACUUUCCAGAAUCAUCAAAAUAAUAUAAAACCUGCCGACGGCGUACAAUCUAAACAUCGAGGAUAAAAACAAUAUACAGCAAAUGGUCAGUUUUAUCCCAAUAAAUAAUAAUAAUGUUGUUACCCGCCUCAAUCCCCAAAAUGGAAGAGGUGGGAUAUAAAUAAAUAUUUCAUUCAUUCAUUCAAUAAAAUACAAUUUUAAAACUAUAGUAAAAGUAUAGGCACCACUAGUCUGGCUUAUCAAAACAGAUCACUUUGCGAUCAGAGGCGCUUCAGAGGACAGAAAACCUGCUCUGCCUGUUCCUAACGGUGAGGCUGAAAGGUAGAUAUCUGGGAAUAAAAAGGUUUUGCUGUGUGUAUGUUUAUGGGCACAUAUUUGCUAAGGAAGCUGGCCCCAGCAUUUACUGCUUUGGUUUGUUGCAGUAUUUGCUGCCUUGAAUGGCAGAAUGGGGCUGGACUGGAUCAGGGCCCUUCUUGGGGUCUCUUCCAACUCUAGGAUGGGUCUAAAAAGAGUUUUCAGUGAGUUCUUGACCAUGUCCUGAGGGAAGUGCUGCAGGGAUGGAUGGCCGGUGAUGCCCUUUUGCCUGGAUGGCUUGGACGCUGACCUCUCUGCCCUUCCUUUUGCAGGCAGCGAUGUGUCCCAGGAGAGCCUCCUUUUGCACGGCCCUUUUGCCAGGAAGCCCAAGCGGAUCCGGACCGCCUUCUCGCCUUUGCAGCUCCUGAGGCUAGAGCGGGCCUUCGAGAAGAACCACUACGUGGUCGGCGCCGAACGCAAGCAACUGGCCAGCAGCCUCAGCCUCUCCGAGACCCAGGUGAAGGUCUGGUUUCAGAACCGGCGGACCAAAUAUAAGCGGCAGAAGCUGGAGGAAGAAGGGCCCGAGUCGGACCAGAAGAAGAAAGGCUCGCACCACAUCAACCGAUGGCGCAUUGCCACCAAGCAGUCCAGCGGAGAAGACAUUGACGUCACUUCUAACGACUAAGGAGGGAUUGCCAUAGAUGGAGAGCCACAGGACACACCGCUGCCCCAAGGACACUGAGAGGGAUGGACCGGGCAGGAUGACCACGGACUCUGGAGAACUGAAUGGGGACACAGUGGCCGGCCCCAAGUGCUCUGCCCCAUUGCCAGUGGUGGGACCCUUUCUAAGGGGCACGCGAGAGGGAUGCCUGCUCUCGGACAUGGCAUCUCCAUGCUGGACACUUUUGGUGGUCCUUUGGCCCAUGGGGCAGCCUGUGGGGACAGAGAUGUGACUGACCAGGACCUGCGGAGGCAGAAGACUACAGGAAGACCCCCCAAAACCAAGGGGAGCGGACCCUCCGUCCUGCGGGUGCAAGCAAAUAAACAUAUCUACCAAGACCUCAGCUGCAAACACACUCCUUUUGUCUUUGUUGGGUUUGGGCUGGAUGAUGAUUAAUAUUAAUAUUAUUAUUAUUGUUAAUGGCAACAAACAAAAGGGAAUACCUUUCUCCCGUUUUUAAUUUAUUAUUUUGUGUCUGUGUUUUUGGUGUGCGACCGUGUACCUCUUCCCUCUUGUCGUCGACACAGAUAGCUGUAGUCUGUGUGUGUCUGUGUGUUGCGUGGGUGCGGGCGGGUGUUACUCUGUGUGGGAAUAAA